AUGGAAGCAAUGGAAACAACGCAAGAUACAGUGAUGCAUGAUGAAGAGGCUGACCAAUUACUUCGCGGCGUAAACAAACCAAAGGAAGGGACACAUGGAAAAGAUAGCUUCAAGGAAAAACUAAUCCCCUCUGACAACAACACCACACCUCUGGAUUUUGAAUGCGACGCCUUCAACAAUAUAUCACUUGAAGACGAAAACACAAACCCAGCAAACCACCCAAACUUCAUACCCAUUUCAACACAAGAUAAAGAAAGGCUAUAUCAAUCAUGGAAACAAGCUAUCAUCAUAAAACUUCUUGGGAAACGACUAGGAUAUGUACAACUAAGGGAUAGAAUACAUAGGCUAUGGAGAUCCGCAGAAGCCCUAAAUCUGAUAGACUUGGGUAAUGAUUUCUACGUCAUAAAGUUUGAAUCACAAGAAAUCUACAACAAAGCCUUACAACAGAGUCCAUGGUUUAUUGGGUCACAAUACCUAUCAAUCCGACAAUGGGAGCCAAAGUUCGACCCAUAUGAAGCAAAAGAAAUCACAACCACAAUAUGGAUACGUUUGCAAGACUUGCCAACUGAAUUCUAUGAUUUUACAAUUCUAAAAAGGAUCAGCCAAAUGCUAGGCACACUACCAAAAAUUGACAAUUGCACAGCACAAGCAACUAGAGGACAAUAUGCAAGACUCUGCAUCUUUGCUCCAAUAGGAAAAAAACUACCAACAUCAGUGUUACUGGGAACCCACCUCCAGCAAAUACAUUAUGAGGACACAAACCCAAUAUGCACCCUAUGUGGAUGCUUAGGGCAUAAACAUAACCAAUGUACAAUGAAGACACAAUCCCAGGAAACUACGACAAAUGAAGAAAUUACAAGCAAAUCAGCAUCUGAAGGGCCUUGGAAAACAGUUGUAUACCCAAAGAGAAAAGGCAAAGAGCAGGUAAACUUCCACAACCUAAACCAAGUGCUAGUUCCAAUAUCAGUAGUUAUACCAAACGCAGGACUGGGCAAUCAACGUAAGGAAGCUCAAUGGGUAAGGAAGAGGAGAGUCAAACCACCGUCGUCAAAGAGGCACAAAUCAAUGAUCAACACUGACGAAGAAACCAAAAGAAGCAAUAGAGUCGACAUCAACACUACGAACAGUACACCAAGUAACCAUGCUAAUGGAGAACACGACCACUCUAUCACACUAUGUCUCCCAAGGACUCCACUCAAAUAUGAGGAUGCAGCAUGCGCACCAACGACUACAAGUGCAAGAAAUCAUAGCACUGGAGCUCAACAAUCAGAUCCUGGACAUGCAGGCAGCAGCAGCCACACAACAAGCAGCAGACCAGACUCUGCGUUGGAAUACACCCCCACCACCCAACUUAUGGAGCUCAUCACCAACUAUGGCGCCCCAACACGUUUCACCAGAACCACAGGAGGAAGAACAAGUUGUACCACUCUUGCCACAAUUCCUACUGGUGGAACUACAAUACUAAAGAAAAUUCCUUAUCAGUGUUCCCCCACCAGUCACGGAGAUGGGCAUCAACAUGAGGAUCUACCCCAUCGACCCCUUAUCUUACUCCAUUGUGAUGGUCCCAAUACUGAGGGAACAAGCACCGCUACAAGAAUACAAUAA